UGUUCCGUCUCCUUCCGAUUCCCGACCUCCGACUGUCUUCCCCCUUUUACUCCUCUUUCCAUCUCCACCUCCGCCGCCGCUGCUUCCCGUUUCCUCCUCCGCUGCGUUGCUCCGCUCCUUUCUCUUAACUUUCCUCUUCCCUCUUCCGCUCCCCCUCCACUUUCCUCUGCCGCAGUCCGCACUCCACCAUUUGUCAGUUUGAGAUGAAUUAAAGGGAUCUCAAAGGUGAAUAAAGUUAUUCAGUCCCUGCAAACUGAAUAGAUUUAUGCAAGUUAAAAUGGAAAUUUGGUGGGAUUAGAACUGCAACACCCUUAAAACACUUCAGAUUAUCUAGCAAGAGCUUUUCCAGGCAAAUGGCGAUGGACAGUAUACACCAUGGUGGUUCAAGAGGUGCUCUGAUUGUUUUGGAAGGAUUGGACCGAAGUGGAAAAACAUCUCAAUGCAGUAGACUAGUUUCACACUUAGAAGGGAAAGGGAUAUCAGUUGAAGCAUGGCGAUUCCCAGAUAGAAAAACUGACAUUGGUACAAUGAUAUCAUCAUAUCUUGCCAACAUAUCCCAACUGGAUGAUCAAGCAGUUCAUUUGCUUUUUAGUGCAAACCGUUGGGAGAAGAGAUUAUCAAUGGAGACUAAGUUAAGGAGUGGAACUACCAUUGUGGUUGACCGUUAUUCCUACUCAGGAGUGGCCUUCUCCGCUGCCAAAGGACUGGAUAUAGAAUGGUGUAAGGCUCCUGAGACAGGGUUGAUAGCUCCUGAUCUAGUAAUCUACCUUGAUUUACCACCAGAGGAAGCAGCAAAAAGAGGAGGUUAUGGAACAGAGAGAUAUGAGCAGCUUGAGUUCCAAAGGAAUGUGGCCCAGCAAUAUCAGAAGCUUCGUGAUAGUACAUGGAAGGUUGUUGAUGCCCAACUUCCAGUGGAGGAUCUAGAGAUGCAGCUAAGAAAGUUUGCACUGGAGUGUAUAGCAACAUGUCAGAAGAAAACCAUCUCCCCUCUCUGGCCGAGCAAGUAGCAUUUGUUUGCAUGGAACUCAAGCAAAUACUGCCAUCAUUUUCCGAUGGUUUUAUUGCACUAUCUAAUCCUCAACAGUCCAGACUCUGUUACGCUAUUUCCUUGCUGUGAUGAUGCCACCAUCACCUGCCACAAACUUCAACUCCAUGCAUGUGCUUUUACAAGUGAAUCAGCGCAGCAGUGAAAAUUCUUUACAUGAUUUCAAGCUUCAUCAUAGAACAGUGCAUCUUAUAUUCUUUGCAAACUAAUGUUCCUCAAUCACAAUUUCUUUUAUUCAAGCUGCAUUACAUUUUCCCUUUCCUUUUACAUAUACUUGGAUUGUUUUAUAGAUGCUGGUGGAUGAGUUGGGAAACAAAAACUCAAAAUCUUCUAGGCUUGAGCAUGUAGUAUUGCUUACUGUCAGUGUUAAUUAUCCUCUACUCAGUAUGAGUUAUGCUAAUGGGCUCCAACAAGACCCCACUCACAGCAGCAGCGAAAAUGCUUCACAUGAUUUCAAGCUUAAUCAUGGAACAGAUUGUUAAGUUUCAAACUGAUGUUACAUCUUUAAACCGAAGUUGCAUUACAAUUGUCCUCUUUUUUCCAAGUAUUCAAAAUGCUUGAGAGAUGGUGUUGGAUCAUAUGGAAAAUAAGAAAGUCAGAUCUUAUGGCAUUUGAGGCAUGUAGUAUUGCUUACUGUAAGGUUUUAAUCGUCCCUUCCUCAAUAUUUGAGGCAUGUAGUAUUGCUUACUGCAAGGUUUUAAUUGUCCUUUCGAUAUUUGAGUUUGCUAAUGGGUUCUGACAAUCAUAGAGGGCAGCCAUGAAGAUUCUGCACAUGAUUUCAAACUUAUCAUAGAGCAGUACAAACUUAUAUUUUGACUCAAA